CCACAUUCCACAAAGUUGCAUUGUCGAUCCUGUAUACUUGAUUUCGCUCGUCUCUCGCCGCCAUCAUCGUCACCGAAGUUUUCGCACUCCCUUUGUUCCCCUUGCCCUUUUAAUUGACAUAGCCUCUUCGAAUUGCGUGUCCUGGUGAUCGCUUUCCACAUCGGCUUUCAUUCAUCUAAACGCGUUGCAUUCGGGGCACAGCCACAACAACGCUCUCAGCACCUUCCUCGGGCUAGCACAUUGCGCUACGUUAGCACUUCAGAACGUGGGAACAAUAAUAUAUCCCAUCGAGAGCCUGCAAACAGCACCUGCAGUUCAAAUAUCCUGAACGACGCCACUCGCGACUUACUUUGCAUAAACCGCUCACCGGUCUUGGACGCCUAACAAAUUCUCGUGGUUGACGAGGGACAGGACAGCUAUGCACGCCAUCAAAAAGGCAGCGAGGCGCUCGGCCUGGUACGAUGACGGUAGAAGUGUAAAGACGUACAAUCCAUUCAGUCGAUCAGGUCCCCGGCCCCGGGCCAACGAUGAGGAGAGACAACUGAAUCACGUCAGUACCGAGAAUGAUGUGGCUUCACCGCUGGAGGCAAGACGACAUGAUUUCGCCGAGACAGAGAAUCGCGACUUCCGCGGACCGGCCAAAGGCAGGACGUGGCCCGCUCCGGAAGGCCAGAACCGCACCGAGCCCGAGGAUACCGAAUCGCCGGCCGACUCAAGCAAGUCG